UCACUGUUGCUCUUUCUCACUCGGAAUGAAAUAACCACCAACCGUCAGAACAAAUACAGCUCACACACAAAGACACAAAAGGGGGGGAACAAACAACAACCCAAAUAAAACCACUCUCUAAAUUCUCCCACUCCUAACACACUCCUUUCUCCUUGCUCUGUAUAUAUAGAUCUAGAGAGAGAAACCCAGAGAUCUAGAGAGAGAGAGAGAGAAGAAUGACGGAAGCAGCAAUGGAGAGUGGUGGCAACCCAGUAUUAUCAGUAUCUGAUUCUGCUCCACCACAAGCCUUACUUGAAAGGCUCAAAGAUUAUGGCCAGGAAGACGUUUUUUCUCUCUGGGAUGAGCUUUCGCCUGAUGAAAAAGAUCUCCUCGUCAAGGAUAUUGAGAAUAUAGAUCUCCCUAGGAUUGAUCGGAUCAUUCGGUGUUCAUUUCAUUCACAAGGACUCCCAGCAGCGGCAAUAGAGCCAGUGCCGGAGAGUUGCGUGUCGACUGUGGAGGAGAGGACAAUGGAAGAGCGAGAGAAGUGGUGGAAGAUGGGCAUGAAGGCCAUGGCAGAAGGCAAAUUUGCCGUGCUGCUUUUGUCUGGUGGUCAGGGAACUCGACUUGGUAGUUCAGAUCCCAAAGGAUGUUUCAAUAUUGGACUUCCAUCAGGGAAGUCGCUUUUCCAACUUCAAGCUGAGAGAAUUUUGUGUAUUCAAAGAUUAGCAGCUAUAACUGCAAAUGAGGGUGCUGGCAUUGUUCCGAUACAGUGGUACAUCAUGACCAGUCCGUUCACUGAUGAAGCUACACGUAAAUACUUUGAAAGUCACAAGUAUUUUGGCCUUGAAGCAGAACAAGUCACCUUCUUCCAACAAGGGACCAUACCUUGUGUUUCAAAGGAUGGAAGAUUUAUUAUGGAGACCCCGUACAGGGUAGCAAAGUCUCCAGAUGGAAAUGGUGGAGUUUAUACAGCAUUGAAGUAUUCAAGAUUACUGGAAGACAUGAACUCAAGAGGCAUUAAGUAUGUGGAUUGCUAUGGAGUUGACAAUGCUUUGGUUCGAGUGGCAGAUCCUACCUUUUUGGGUUAUUUCAUUGAUAAAGGUGUCUCCGCUGCCGCAAAAGUUGUACGGAAGGCCUAUCCACAAGAGAAGGUUGGUGUGUUUGUCCGUCGAGGUAAAGGUGGACCACUCGCUGUGGUUGAGUAUAGUGAGUUGGAUCCUUCACUGUGUAGUGCAGUAAACCAGGAAACAGGACGUCUUCGCUUUUGUUGGAGCAAUGUCUGCUUACAUAUGUUUUCUUUAGAUUUCCUGAAUCAAGUGGCAAAUGGCCUUGAGAAAGACAGCAUUUAUCAUCUUGCUGAGAAGAAAAUCCCAUCAAUUCAUGGUCAUACAAUGGGAUACAAACUGGAACAAUUCAUAUUUGAUGCUUUUCCUUACACACCUUCAACAGCGCUAUUUGAGGUUGUUCGUGAAGAAGAAUUUGCUCCAGUUAAAAAUGCAAAUGGAGCAAACUUUGACACUCCUGACAGUGCUAGAUUGCUUGUUCUUCGUCUCCACACCCGUUGGGUGGUUGCAGCUGGAGGCUUCUUGACACAUUCUGUGCCCUUAUAUGCCACAGGUGUGGAAGUUUCUCCUCUUUGUUCAUAUGCUGGUGAAAACCUGGAAGCUAUUUGCCGUGGAAGAACAUUCCAUGCACCAUGUGAAAUCUCGUUUUAGUUUGAUUUUGGUUUCAUUAAGUAAAUGCCUGAAAUUUUUCUCCAUUUUACACAGUUCCUUUGAUCGGAUCACUUUUUUCUUAGUAGUAAUUUUUAUAUGUGUACAAGGUUUGUCUUUUCAUACUGGUGUAGACAAUAGUGUAAGCGAGAAUACUUGAUACUAAUUGAGAAAGCUUUGGCUUGUAACGACUUCAAUAUGUGUAAUUUUCAUUUAGGCCGAUACAGGUUUUUCCUUUUUGUUAUUGGAAAACAUUAAAUCCAAAUACAAUUGUCUCCAAAUAUAAGCACUUUAGACU